AUGCCCCAGCUUCGUUACAACGUGGCGACCAGCCUCGAUGGCUACAUAGCCUCGCCGGACGGCUCAGCUGAUUGGAUUGUCGACGAUCCAACGAUUGACUUCAAAGCACUUUAUGGAGAAUUCAACUUCUUUGUCAUGGGUCGAAAGACGUACGAAACUAUGCUGUCGCUGGGAGGACCGACUGAAAACCCUCUGUCCAACCGGCCGAAGGAGAGUGUCAUAGUGGCGAGCCAAUCUUUGAAGCCAGAAGAUUUCCCCGAUAUCACUAUCUUAUCGACGAAUGUGCUGGAAUUCAUUCGCCAGUUGAAGUUGGGAACCGGGAAGGAUAUAUGGCUUAUGGGAGGUAGCAAUCUUGCAACUCAGUGUAUGCGUGCCGGCUUGAUUGACACAGUCGAGGCAGCAGUCAUGCCCGUGGUAUUGGGGGACGGCAUCAAGUUGAUGGAGGCAAUUGACUCUACUGAGAAUCUGCCUGUCAGACUCAACUUACUGGGAAGUGAACCGUUGGAGAGUGGAAUCAUCAUGACCAGAUACGCAGUCAUGCAGGGACCGUGCAAAUAA